GCCAUUCAACACCAAUCAAACACCAUCAUCAUCGCUGUUUUCAGUUCAACACAACGCAACACAAACACCGUUGUUACUUGUUAUUCUCUUUGAUUCUCCUAUAAAUAUAUCGAUACUCUUUCUGCAAAAACAUCAAAACUUGCUCUGUUUCCACAACCACCACCACCACCACCACCACCACCAUGGCUGCGGCGUUCACUUGCUCUGCCGCCGACCUCCACCCUCUUCUGGGCACCGGGGCUAAUGCUACGGCGGCGGCAGAGUUCAUUUGUUCCCGGUUUGGUGCCAUCUCGAACAAGUUCACUGACACCGCCUACGCCGUGGACAACACCUACCUCUUGUUCUCUGCUUACCUCGUCUUCGCCAUGCAGCUUGGUUUCGCCAUGCUCUGCGCCGGUUCCGUCCGUGCCAAGAACACCAUGAACAUCAUGCUCACCAACGUUCUUGAUGCCGCCACCGGUGGCAUCUUCUUCUACAUCUUCGGUUUCGCCUUGGCCUUUGGCACCCCAUCAAAUGGUUUCAUCGGGAAGCACUUCUUUGGUCUCAACGAGUUUCCUUCCCCUUCUUUUGACUAUGGAUUCUUUCUUUAUCAGUGGGCUUUCGCCAUCGCCGCUGCGGGGAUUACCAGUGGUUCGAUUGCAGAGAGGACUCAGUUUGUUGCUUAUUUGAUUUACUCUUCGUUCUUGACUGGUUUGGUUUACCCGAUUGUGGCACAUUGGUUCUGGUCUUCUGAUGGGUGGGGUUCCCCUGCAAGAACAGAGAAUCUUCUGUUUGGUUCUGGUGUUAUUGAUUUUGCUGGCUCUGGUGUUGUGCAUUUGGUGGGAGCAGUUGCAGGAUUCUGGGGUGCUUUCAUUGAAGGUCCUCGUAUGGGAAGGUUUGAUCAUGCAGGGAAGCCUGUACCAUUGAGGGGACACAGUGGAACACUUGUUGUUUUGGGGACAUUCUUGUUGUGGUUUGGUUGGUAUGGUUUUAACCCUGGUUCUUUUAUUACUAUCUUGAAGAGUUAUGGUGAGAGUGGUUCUGGUAAUUACUAUGGACAAUGGAGUGCAAUUGGGAGGACUGCAGUGACAACAACACUAGCUGGAUGCUCUGCUGCACUCACUACUCUGUUUGGGAAGAGAUUGCAAACAGGACAUUGGAAUGUGACUGAUGUUUGCAAUGGUUUGCUUGGUGGGUUUGCUGCAAUUACUUCAGGGUGUUCUGUUGUGGAUCCUUGGGCUGCAAUUAUAUGUGGAUUUGUGGCAGCUUGGGUGCUGAUUGGAUGCAAUGUGUUAGCUGAGAAGUUUCACUAUGAUGAUCCUCUUGAGGCUGCACAGCUUCAUGGAGGUUGUGGAACUUGGGGGAUAAUCUUCACUGCAUUGUUUGCUAAGAAGCAGUAUGUAAAUGAGGUUUAUGCUGGGCUUCCUGAUAGGCCAUAUGGGCUUUUAAUGGGUGGGGGUUGGAGGCUAUUGGCUGCACAUGUUGUGCAGAUUUUGACUAUUGCUGGUUGGGUGAGUGUUACAAUGGGAGCUGUGUUCUUUGUGCUGCAUAAGCUGAAUCUGCUGAGGAUUUCACCUGAGGAGGAGAUGGCUGGUUUGGAUAUGACUAGUCAUGGUGGAUUGGCUUAUGAGUAUCAUGAAGACGUGGGGUCUGUGCAAAAAGCUUUGGAAAUUCGUGUUUGAUUUUUAUUUGUAAAGGGAACUACUAUAAGACUCUUCUAGAGUGAAUAAAUAAAGUCAGCUAGUAAGGUUUUAUUAACUUAUAAUUUAGCACUGUGUUACUUUGUAAAGAUCAGUUUAAAUAUAUUGCUAUUGACUCAUUUUUUAUAUUAGACAAACCCAGUUCAGAAGCUCUUUUUUUCUUCUUCUAUUUGUAAAAGCGUGUAAUUGUGGUACAUCAUCACAGAAAUCCAACCAACAACAACAAUUG